AUGGCUGCAGGCCUUGAUUUUCGUUUAACGUUUAUGCGACCCGGUGAGGAGGCAGGCCUUGGAUCGUUCCUCUUUGAAGGUGAACUAGAGCCAGUGGAUGACAAAGACUAUGAUUGUGUUGUUGACUUAUUUCGAACUUUAAUGGCUAUUAAACGCCUUGAUGCGGUACGAAAACUUGCCAUAGGUUUCUAUCUAGAGGCGAAUGUACGGCCAACUUCGUGGCUAUUCAAUGUGAAUGGUUUUGUGGCAGAGAUACCGGCAGGCAAGUUGGUCAGUUUCGAAGAAGCAUUGAGCACGUGGCUGUCUAGGAUGAAGUGUGACAAAUCAAAGGUGGAACAUAAAGCAAACGAGGCUGCAAGAACCUGUGAAGCGACUUUUGAUAAGGAAGAGUAGAAAUAGUCAAGCCGCAUCAUGUACAUCCAUGGGAGAAUAGGAAUAACAACUUGUGAGCCUUGCCAUCAACAUACCUCGGCUCUUACUGUACUGUACAUAUCCCGGUGACUCUAGGUACGCACAAACAAGGAUACAUGUACAGUGUCUGUCAGGUAUAGAUCCGAUAUUGUUGUCCGCCAGCCUGCAAGCAAAAUAGUCUCCACCCAGUCUAGCUCCCCCGCAAAGCCGAGAUCUGGCAAGUCCUCCGCUGUCGCGCGACCGCAUCGCAACACUCACGCUGUUAAACCCGGCUCUCAUAGCUAGCCUGCCGUAGGUGGACCUUCUCACAUCCCCUAGGUCUGUCGGCCACGAGUCCAAGGAGAAAUGUUUCUGGAUCGUCUCUCCCGUUUCUGCAAGGCUCGCCUGCCCAUCGUGACAGACGGAGAUCAGCCGGGCGUUGUUCCCGCGGAUUCCGUUGGCUCGAAUACCGCAAACGAGGUGACUGCGUAUCCGAGCGGGGUCGUGAUGCCCCUUGAAGCGAGAGGGAGGCGUCCGAGGCGCAACCAUCCAGUCAAAUAUUCUGAACAUCAUAAACUAGUGUGGUACAUGUAUGUAAUUAAAUGUGUUGCUGUGUAGGCCGCGUAGUGGCGUGAUUGAACUCAAUUUUAGCAGCGGUGUUUUUUCAAUAUUCCCUACAGAGCAUCCUCUCAUCGCAAUACAUGAAGUGCAGGUUUACAAAGCGACCCUUGAAGCAUCCUAAGAGCAUGCAGUGGCGGUGUCGGCUGUAGUUGUAGGGCUCAAAGCUGUGUUGUAUCCUGCUGCAAGUGGGGCUGAAACGCGAUCGCGAUCGCGAUCAGCUGUGCGCUGACCCUUGAGCCGGAGGUUGUUGAGGAAAUUUGAACGAAUCUCCACCAAGACACCCCGC